AUGCGCACCGCGCCGCCGCCCGCGCCGCUCCUGCCGCUGCUGCUGCUGCUGCUCGCGCUCCUGGCCGCGCCUGCCGCCCGCGCCCGCAGAGCCGAGUCCGCCCCGGCGCCGCAGCCCCAAGCCGAGCGCCAGCCGCGGCCGUCGCCCGGCCCGGGGCCCGGCAACGCCACCCGGACGGGGUCUGGGGCCGCGGCGGCGGCGGCGGCGGCGGGCGGCGGCGGCGGCAGCUCCAACAGCAGCGGCGACGCCCUGGUGACCCGCAUCUCCAGCCUGCUCCGCGACCUGCCCACCCUGAAGGCGGCCGUGAUAGUGGCGUGCGCCUUCACCGCGCUGCUCAUCGCCUGCCUGCUGCUGCGCGUCUUCAGGUCGGGAAAGAGGUUGAAGAAGACCCGCAAGUAUGACAUCAUCACUACUCCAGCCGAGCGAGUGGAAAUGGCCCCGCUGAACGAAGAAGAUGAUGAGGAUGAGGACUCCACAGUAUUUGACAUCAAAUACAGGUAAAAUCUAUAUCCAGCAUGUUAGCAUCCUGUGGAACGUUGGUCAGCUGCAGCCUGGGAUGUGAAGGAUCUGGAAGCUGUCUUGUCUGAGAUGUUGAAACCAAAACAAACACUAUGAAACUCUGGCACAGUUGUGUGUGUCGCACAUCAGCUCAGAAUAUCACUGCAGGAGAGUCGCCUCUACUACCCUCUGGAUGCCCCUUUAAAAUGUCACCCUGUCUUCCUCAAGAGGGUUUUUGCCUUGCUACGGGGCAAGGGAUAGAAACAUUUUGACUUAAAAAAAGUAACUUUAAUGCAACUGUUCACAAAAGUAAAGAGAUCAGAAGUUAACAGGAACCUAAAAAAAAAAAAAAAA